AUGCGUAAACUGCCGAUCGCUCACGCAUCUAGCGACGGACAACAAAUGCCCGGCGAAAAUUCGGCAGACAAGAUGUUGCAGCAGAAGACCAGAAAGGGCGGGCCGUCAAGUAGGCAAGCAGCCACGGCGACGGGGCAGAGGACGGAGGUAGAACCGCCCCACGUGACCAUAGACGAAUUUCCACCGCUAGAAGCAAGAAGUAGUGCACUCAAGAGAAAUUCACCAGCGCGCAAGAGUAGAAGCAGGAGCGCCGCAGCUGGUAGCACCAGGAAUGGCAGGAAGGCGUCGCGAAUUGCGUCACGUAACGAAAAGCCAACCAUCACGUUGCGCGGAAGGUCACCGUCAGCUCGACGGGUUCGCAACAAUGACAAAAGCUAUGCCGAAGCCGCGAAGAAACCGAAAGGCUACUACGCCGAUGAUGACGACGAGGUCAAGGCAUGGCAAACAGAGCUCCGAGCCAUCGAAGCAAGAAAUCAAGCGGACGCCGACAAAUGCAGGCGCCUCGAGACUGAACUACUGCAACUUCGACAGAAGAUCGAGGAAGAAAGCAGGCGUCGCGAGGCACGAAAAAGCACCAUUUUAGGUCACAUCAAGACAGCAAUAGAGGCCAGGAAGACACAACAAGAGCAGCAAAGAAAACAGCGUGAGCAGCAGCGAAUGCAAGCCCAGGUACAAGCACAGAUGCAGACCCAGAUGCAACAGAUACAACAGCAAAUGCUGCAAAUGCAACAGAUGCUGACGUCCCAGCAGGCUCUACCGACCAGCUGCCCUACGCCACAAGAUAGCCAACAAUGA